GGCGAGGAACUUUUGAAACUCAGCGCAGCGUCUAAAACUACGAUGGAAGAUAAAAAAGAGCCUGGUAUAUCCCUGAGAGGAGCUUUCCUAGAGAAAGCAUGGCGGCCACGAGAAAGUUGGACUGCAAAGAUCUGCACGCUUACUUGAAAACCUUACACACGUCCAUCCUAGACAGACUCUACAGCCACCCCGCGACAUGCUUAGCGGUGUUUAGAGAACUGCCGGAGCUGGGUCGCCACUAUGUGAUGAGAAUUUUGUUUGUGGAGCAGCCAGUUUCCCAGACGGUUGUGGGUCAGUGGAUCUCAAACAAGCACCAGGAGGAGCAUCGGUUUGCAGUCAAGUCUCUGUCGGAUCUGAGGGUGUGGCAUGACCAGCCCCUCCCCGGGGGGAUGCCUGGCUGGCUCCUUAAUCACACAUUCCGAAAAAACCUGAAGAUUGCCUUGCUGGGAGGUGGUGACCCCUGGACCGGUGGAGGUCCACUGCCGCAGGACAAACAUGCCAAGGAUGUCUCGUUCCUGGACAAAUACGCCCUGGAGAGAUGGGAGUGUGUGCUUCACUUCAUGGUGGGGUCGUCCGAGGGGACAGACGGUGUCAGCAAAGACAUCAUUGACGUGCUGCUACACAGUGGACUUAUGAAGGAGGAGACGUCCGAGCCGCUGCCAUCCAUCUCCCCAGCGGGCUUCCAGUUCCUGCUGCUUGAUACAGGCUCCCAGGUGUGGUUCUUCAUGCUGCAGUACCUCGAGUCAGUGGAGGCUCGAGGGAUGGAUCUCGUGGAGUGUUUAUCAUUUUUGUUCCAGUUAAGUUUUUCCACACUAGGAAAGGAUUAUUGCACUGAGGGGAUGAGUGAAUCUCAGCUGAAAUUCUUGCAGCACCUCAGAGAGUUUGGACUGGUCUAUCAGCGUAAGAGAAAAUCUCAAAGAUAUUACCCCACCCGUCUGGCAAUCAAUAUAGCAUCGGGACUGACGACUUUCAACACUGACAGCCAUUCAUCAGGGUACCUGGUCGUCGAGACAAACUACAGAGUGUACGCUUAUACAGAUUCUCCACUACAGACGGCACUGUUGGCUUUAUUCUGUCAAAUGUUAUACAGAUUCCCUAAUAUGGCUGUUGCCAACUUGUCCCGAGACAGUGUCAGGGCGGCCCUUACGAGGGGAAUAACAGCCGAGCAGAUAAUCAACUUCCUGCGCAGCCAUGCUCACCCUGAGAUGAUGAAGACAACCCCUGUGAUACCCCUGACGGUGUGUGACCAGGUACGCCUCUGGGAGCUUGAGAGAGACCGUUUCAAGUUCACUGAUGGUGUCAUGUACAACCAGUUCCUGUCUCAAAAUGACUUUGAGUUGCUCAGGGACUAUGCACAAGAUCUGAACGUCCUCGUCUGGGACAAUCCAAGUAAAAGAGUGAUGAUUGUCUCACGAGGGGGACAUGACGAUGUCAAACGAUUCUGGAAGAGACAGAAGCAAUCGUGACACUGGUCCAAGUCAAAACAUAGCCUUUAUACAGCCUUUGAAAGAGAGAAUGUUGGAUGGAAACUCAGCAGUGCUGACACUGGCCCCGUUAGGUGUACACCCAGGUUACAAUAUGUCCCAACGCAAGAGCUCACCAAAUUCGAUCGGGUGGUCAGACUCGAUGAUUUUGUUGAUAUCUUUGAAAUACUGUUCAAAGUGGUGAUAAAACCUACUGCAGGCCGAACUUCCUCUUGGAUGCCAGGGUUGAGUCAAUUCUUUGUCCUCCGGUGACUGUUGGAACUGUGACCAGUUUGUUAUCAAUAAGAAUGUGAGCCCGGUGACUCCUCCAGAACGACUUGGCUCCCGUCGCCCAGUGGUCUAAGGCGCCGA